AAGGAAUGUUGCUGGAUCGGGUUGUUAAACCCUAAACUAAAAUCUUUGUUCCUCUUAUCGGAGCCUCCACCCCAAAACCCUUCCCGCCACCCAGUCUCCUCCGCCUACACCUCCGAAGAAGUGAAGAGAGACUCCUAACAUCUUCCCUUUGACAUGGUGAAGGCUUACCUGAGAUACGAGCAGGCCUUAUCUUUCGGCGUGAUUGCGUCUGGGGAUUCGAACAUCGCCUUUGACAGCUCCGGCGUACACUUGUUUGCUCCGGCGUUGGAGAAGGUUGGCGUUUGGAAUGUUCGGCAAGGUGUCUGUACUAAAUCUUUAUCCCCUACUGUUUCUUCCUCCUCCCGCGGCCCAGCUGUUGCCGUCACCUGCAUCGCUUCCUCUCCAACUUCUCCAACUUCUUUUAUAGCCUGUGGUUAUGCUGAUGGAAGCAUAAGGAUAUGGGAUUGUGAGAAGGGAACAUGUGAAACUACAUUAAACGGACACAAAAGUGCUGUCACGACUCUCUGCUACAACAAGCUCGGAUCACUGCUUGCAUCAGGAAGCAAGGAUAGUGACAUCAUUUUAUGGGAUGUGGUUGGCGAGACAGGCCUCUUUCGCCUUCGUGGGCAUCGUGAUCAGGUUACCGACCUUGUUUUCUUGGACUCUGGUAAAAAACUGGUUAGUUCUUCAAAGGAUAAGUUUUUAAGAGUUUGGGAUCUGGAAACCCAACACUGUAUGCAGAUUGUUAGUGGUCAUCACAGUGAAAUCUGGUCAAUUGAUGUAGAUCCUGAGGAAAGAUAUUUAGUAACUGGAUCAACAGAUCCCGAACUCAGAUUUUACACGAUAAAGAGUGGUUCUACCCUACGUGAACCUCCGACAGAUACUAAUGCAAAGGAAGCAGAUAAAAAAGGAGCUCAAAAUAAAUGGGAAGUUCUGGCACAUUUUGGUGAAAUCCAGCGACAGGUUAAAGAUAGAGUUGCUACAGUUCGAUUUAACAAUUCUGGGACUUUGUUGGCAUGUCAAGUGGCAGGAAAAACGGUUGAGAUAUUCCGCGUCCUGGAUGAGUCUGAAUCUAAACGUAAAGCAAAGAGGAGAAUCCACAGGAAGGAGAAAAAAAAUUUAAAAGUGGCCGCUGCUAUUGCUGAAAAUGGUAAUAUAAAUUCUGUAGCUGAAGAUGGGAGCAAUCCAAUGAUUACUGUGCCAGAUGUGUUCAAGCUUCUUCAAACUUUACGUGCCAGUAAGAAGAUAUCAUCAAUGUGUUUCUCUCCUAAAACAUUGAAGAACAAAGUUGCAACUCUUGCACUGUCUUUAAAUAAUAACCUGCUGGAAUUUUAUUCGAUUGAAAGUAGUUCAUCUAUAAAAAGCUUUGCUAUUGAUCUGCAAGGACAUCGUUCUGAUAUCAGGAGUGUUACCCUUAGCUCUGAUAACACUCUUUUGAUGUCAACUAGCCACAGUUCCAUUAAAAUAUGGAACCCCAGCACAGGCUCUUGCCUUCGGACUAUUGAUUCAGGAUAUGGACUCUGUGGUCUCUUUGUUCCUGGCAACAAAUAUGCAGUGGUUGGUACGAAGACUGGAACUUUAGAAAUUGUUGAUGUGCGCAGUGGCACAUGUGUUGAAGUUGUUGAAGCACAUGGGGGAUCUGUUCAGUCAAUUGCUCCAACUCCAGAUGGGAGCGGUUUUGUCACUGGUAGUGUAGAUCAUGAUGUUAAAUUCUGGGAGUACCAAACUAUCCAGAAGCCUGGUCAGGACACAAAGCAUCUGACUGUCUCUCCUGUGAAUAAUUUGAAAAUGAAUGACGAUGUUCUCGUGGUUGCUGCCAGCCCUGAUGGAAAACACAUUGCUUUUGCCUUGUUGGAUUGCACAGUGAAGGUAUGUUAUAUGGAUACACUCAAAUUUAAAUUGUCACUCUAUGGCCACAAGCUGCCUGUGCUGUGCAUGGACAUCUCAUCUGAUGGAGAUCUGCUUGUGAGUGGGUCUGCGGAUAAAAACUUGAAAAUCUGGGGGCUCGAUUUUGGUGAUUGCCACAAGUCUAUUUUUGCUCAUGCUGACAGUGUUAUGGCAGUAAAAUUUGUUCGGAAUACCCAUUACAUGUUUAGCGUUGGAAAAGAUCGCCUUGUAAAAUAUUGGGAUGCUGACAAAUUUGAGUUACUUUUAACUCUGGAUGGUCACCAUGCUGAAGUUUGGUGUCUCGCUAUCAGCAACCGUGGUGAUUUUAUUGUUACUGGAUCUCAUGACCGGUCCAUACGUCGUUGGGAUCGCACGGAAGAACCUUUUUUCCUCGAGGAAGAGAAAGAAAAAAGGUUGGAGGAGAUGUUUGAGGCUGAUAUUGACAAUAUCGAGGAUAAAUAUGCUCCAAAAGACUUAAUUCCUGAGCAGGGAGCUACGGCAUUAGCAGGAAAGAGAACUCGUGAAACUCUGACUGCAACAGAUUCCAUUAUAGAUGCUCUAGACAUGGCAGAUGCUGAACAGAAACGGAUUGCAGAACAUGAGGAGGAUAGAUUAAAGGGAAGAACUGCAGAGUUUCGCCCCAAUAUUCUCAUGCUUGGACUUUCUCCAUCAGAAUACAUUCUCCGUGCAGUAUCUAAUGUUCAUACAAAUGAUUUGGAGCAGACGUUACUGGCACUACCGUUUUCAGAUGCGUUAAAGCUUUUCUCUUACUUAAAAGACUGGGCCUAUAUUCCUGAUAAGGUUGAGCUUGUGUGCAGGAUUGCCACAGUUUUAUUAAUAAUACAUCAUUACCAAUUGGUUUCAACUCUUUCAGCCCGACCUGUUUUAACUCAUCUGAAGGACGUUCUUCAUGCAAGAGUUAAGGUAAUUAUGACGGUUAAUUUCUUUCAUUUUCUGCUGUUUUUAUUAUCGAAAUGUCACCGUCCUAUAUAUAAAUUAUUAUGUAUAUGUUCUCCCCUUUUAAGAAAUUGUGGUUGUAGAUUCAUUGCUAUGAUUCACACCCCACCUGAAAAUUAAUCAUCGAUAUAUCAAAAAGUUAAGAUAAUGACUUUUCUAUAGUUGAGGCAUAUUUGUCAUUUGAAUCUUUGAUCUCUUACUAGAAGCUGCUUAGUACAACCAUGAGACUUCUUUGUUCUACUUAUCAAUCAACUGUAGUUCUAGUAUUUACAUUACAUCUUUUUACUGUGACUGGAUUCAGAUUAAGUUGAGACAUGACAAGAUGUCUUAUUCGAAAUGCUGUACUCAAGGUUAAUGGAAACCACAGACAAAGGAUCAAAUAGACUAAGUACUAAUUUUUGAGUCUGGGAUGUAAUUACUCUUUGUGAUUGCAUCCACUUGGGAGGUCUUGUCAAUUAUAUCAGUCUUUGUUUUCCUUUUAACACAUUCAAUCUCUUCAUAUUCAUUUUAUUAAAUGGUGACAAGAUUAUAGUAAAUGCUCAAAGUUAGUUGAGAUCACGAAAUCUAUUCAAUGGUCCUUUUUGGUCUUCACUGGGGAGUGAUUUCGAUGCUUAAAACUUUAAUCUAUCCAAUUUUAAAAAAUGUUCAGGAAUGCAAAGAUACUAUUGGAUUUAACCUAGCGGCAAUGGAUCAUCUGAAGGUAUGUUCUUUGCAUCCGUAGAAUUGCAACAGAUUUCCUCACUUAUAUGGGGUUUAAAUACUGAAGUGCAUGUUUCUUGUUUCCUUCAGGAGCUGAUGUCUCAGAGGUCAGAUGCUCUAUUUCUUGAUGCUAAAACUAAAUUACUAGAAAUUCGAGCUCAAUAUUCAAAACGCGUGGAAGAAAGAUCCGAAAUAAAGAUAGAAAAGAGGAAAAAGAAGCUGAAGAAAUCAGAUGGCGAACAUGUUUGGUCCUGACCACCAGUCUUAUCCUGGGUAUUAUUACUAUGGCACUUGCUCAUGGUUGCUGAAGGAGGCUAUAGACGGGGAUGGAAUGUGGCUGUUGAUGGACACGCUUACAACUGCAUCAUGGAUCACCUCUGAAUCGAUGAGUUUGAUCUUGCAAUUGGCCAGGUUUUUUAGACUACCCAUACAUUAAAAAGCCGCGAGUAUAUCUGCUGCAUGCAGAUUCAAUUUUGGCCGUUCUGAGUGAUGUAAAUUGCUGUCGUGAGUGGGAUAUGUUAGUGUACAAAUUUUAUCUCACUUGCAGGGUAGUUUUGGGGAAUAGCUCACUUUCCUCGUAAUGGAAUGUGGAUCAGAAGUAACCUCAAUUGUUUUUAAUGAGAAAAUCAGAUGUAGAGGCCCUGGGAUGUUGUAGAGUAAAACUUGCACUGUUGUUGAUCUAUGUUUUCUGCUUUCAUGACUUUUAAGGUUUUUACUUGAGCGGUUGUGGAUGCGUGUUCUUUUUCCUUUUAAAUCCAACCCCAUGUGAACUAGUGUUAUGACGUGAAGUUUACAAAUACAAAAAAGAACUAAACUCAAC